UUGUGAAAAGCGAAGGGGCACGUGGCUCCUAAAAGAACCGAUGACAACGUUGGACUUCGAGUGUACUUAAAAACAUGAUCUGCAAACUGUUCAGGGAUAGCUUCACACAGAGAGAGAGAGAGAGAGAGAGAGAGAGAGAGAGAGAGAGAGAGAGAGAGAGAUGCAGAAAGGUUCGUUGCUCGGAGUGAGGAAAGGAUCGUGGACGGAAGAGGAAGAUGUCCUCUUGAGGAGCUGUAUCCAAAGGUACGGAGAAGGAGCGUGGCAUCGAGUUCCUCAGAGAGCAGGUUUGAAUAGGUGCAGGAAGAGCUGCAGAUUGAGGUGGUCGGACUAUCUGAAGCCUAACAUCAAGAGAGGGAAAUUCCAAGACGAUGAGGUCGAUAUGAUCAUCAAGCUUCACAAACUUCUUGGGAACAGGUGGUCGCUAAUAGCGGGGAGACUCCCGGGUCGAACUGCGAACGAUGUGAAGAACUAUUGGAACACCCAUGCCCGGAAAAUGAUGACUUGCCAAGGGAAGCCGGAGAACGAGAAACCCCAAGAUUUGGUGAAAGUUGAAGUCAUAAAGCCUCGCCCCACGGACCAUCUCAAAGAACCUGUCUUCCUUGGGGGCCGAAGCCUGUAGGAAGUCGAACGAGUCCCGAGAGCCGUGCGACCACGACGUGCCUCCAAACAGAAGCCUCUGGAUCGAUGAUGACUUUGAACCGCGUUUGGAGACGAUGGAGGCAUCGUUGGAUUGUUGGAGCGGACUCUCCUUCGACGUAGAAAGCAUCUGGGACUGGGCUUGCUGAAAGCUAGUAAGAAGAGAUGGUGACCUAGUGGGGUUCGGUUUAGAAAUAAUAUGACAGGCUCUUGCCGGGUGCUUGGAUAUUCCUUAUGCAUGUGUUGCCUUCAUAUGCUUGUGGUUUGUAUGACUUCGUA